AUGAUGAUGGCGACGAUAAUUAAAACCUUUUAUUUAAAUUAUUAUUAUUAUUAUUGUGUUUUGUUGUCGUGGUUGUUGUUGUUUGUAAUUUUUUUUUUUUUUUUUUUUAGAAGUCAAGGGGAUAUUUGUGUAGUGGAGUCGAAAAUCCCUCUCGUGGAAAAUGGGCUCGCGGCAAAACCCAUCAAACAAGAUGCAAGCGUGGGUUUCUUAUCGAAAUCCGAAAGGGGAUCUGCUUUUCGACAAGUUUUUGCCGCAUUCGCAGCAAAUAUAGGUACGGUAAAUACAGGUUUGGUGUUUGGUUUUAGUGCUGUCGUUUUACCACAGCUUCAAAGUUCCAACAGCACGAUUCCGAUUAACGAAGAACAAGCAUCUUGGGUCGCGAGUUUGUCCUCCAUAUCGACACCGAUCGGAUGCAUAUUAGGCGGGUAUUUAAUGGAUUUAAUUGGGAGAAGAAUGACGUUGAUAGUAACCGAAUUUCCAUUGAUAAUCGGUUGGUUGCUUAUUUUUUCAGCAAAUUCCGUUUACAUGAUUUACGGUGGAAGGUUACUCGUUGGUUUUGGUUCUGGAAUGGUCGGAGCACCAGCUAGAGUAUACACAGGGGAAGUAACACAACCACAUUUGAGAGGAAUGCUUUUAGCAUUGAGUUCCGUUGGGGUUUCCAUGGGGGUUCUUAUAGAAUAUUUAUUAGGUCACUUUUUAACGUGGCACAUAUUAGCCGGAAUAAGUGCAUGCGUACCAGUUUUAGCUCUCGUUUUAUUGUUUUUCUUACCGGAAACUCCAAAUUAUUUAGUUUCGCAAAAUAAAACGGAAGAUUCGAGGAAAGCAUUGAUUAAAUUAAGGGGAUCCACGUGUAACGUCGAUGCCGAAUUAAAAAUUUUGACUGAUUUUUCAAAAAAAAAUAACGUUAAAAAAAUUAAAGGUUUUAAAGCUUUAACGAGUCCGACAGCAUUAAAACCGUUCGCCAUAUUGGUUACUUAUUUUAUGUUUUAUCAAUUCUCAGGGGUUAACACGAUAACAUUUUAUGCCGUCGAAGUCUUUCAGCAAUCAGGUGCUCAAGUAAAUAAGUAUUUAGCUACUGUGAUAUUAGGAUUAGUAAGAGUUAUUUUUACUGUUGUCGCAUGUAUUUCAUUAAGAAAAUGUGGGAGACGACCGUUAACGAUGAUCUCUGGAGUGGGCUGUAGUUUAACAAUGUUCGGUUUAGGCACUUAUAUGUAUUAUUUAAAUAAUUGCGAAUUAGCCGGUGAAACGCCUCAGAAUACCUGGAUACCUGUCGCAUGCAUUUUCCUAUUUGCAAUUGCAUGCACUCUUGGUUUUUUAGUCGUUCCAUGGGUCAUGAUCGGAGAAUUAUUUCCCAUUCAAGUGAGGGGAAUUUUUGGUGGUAUGACAACGUGUUGUGCACAUUUAUUCGUUUUUAUCGUCGUUAAAACUUAUCCAUUUCUUUAUCAUUUAAUCGAUCGUUUCGGUUGUUUUUGGCUUUACGGUUCCGUUAGUCUCGUUGGUUGCAUAUUUUUUUAUUUUUGCGUACCUGAAACAAAAGGUAAAACACUACAGGAAAUAGAAGAUCAUUUUGCAGGAAGAGGAAAUGCAUUAUCUAGGAAACGUGAAAGCGUUAAUCAAUCUUUAAUAUGA